GGCGACAGCCGAGGGCGCAGCCACAGCCUCAGCCGCCUCGGAGCGGCAGGAGGGAGCAGCGGUUGCUGCGCUCUGGCCGGCCAGUUUCCUAAGACCCCGCUCCUCUCCGCCGGCAGAGAUCUUCCUCUGCGCCCCGCCGGUACCCCUAGUCCAAACCUCUCGCGAAGACAUGGAAGAAUUUUUGCAACGCGCCAAAUCUAAACUGAAUCGAAGCAAACGCUUGGAAAAGGUCCAUGUGGUUAUUGGACAUAAAUCGUGUGACUUGGAUUCUCUCAUUUCUGCCUUCACAUAUGCUUACUUUCUAGACAAGGUCAGUCCACCUGGGGUUCUCUGUUUGCCAGUGCUGAACAUACCAAGAACUGAAUUCAGUUACUUCACCGAGACAAGGUUUAUUUUAGAAGAGCUAAAUAUCUCUGAAUCAUUCCACAUAUUCCGAGAUGAAAUUAAUCUGCAUCAGCUCAAUGAUGAAGGGAAGUUAUCUAUAACACUUGUUGGCAGCAGCAUGCUGGCCAGCGAGGACAAGACCUUAGAAUCAGCAGUUGUCAAAGUCAUUAAUCCGGUGGAGCAGAGCGAUGGCGGCCUUGAGUUUCGAGAGUCUUCCUCUUCCCUUGUGGUGAAAGAGAUUCUCCAGGAGGCUCCUGAGCUCAUCACCGAGCAGCUGGCUCAUCUCCUCAGAGGUAGCAUCCUUUUCAAGUGGAUGACCAUGGAAUCCGAGAAGAUCUCAGAGAAGCAAGAAGAAAUUCUCUCUAUCCUGGAAGAGAAAUUUCCUAACUUGCCUCCAAGAGAGGACAUUAUCAACGUCCUGCAGGAGACCCAAUUCAGUGCUCAGGGUUUAAGUAUUGAACAGACAAUGCUGAAAGAUCUAAAGGAACUGUCAGAUGGAGAAAUAAAAGUGGCCAUCAGUACCGUGAACAUGACCCUUGAGGACUGUAUGUUUCACGGCAGUAUCAGCACUGACUUGAAAGCAUUUGCAGACAAGUUCGGUUUUGAUGUCCUCAUCCUCCUGGCCAGCUACCUGCUGGAGGAAGAGCAGCCCAGACGGCAGAUCGCUGUGUACUCCCAGAACCUCGAGCUGUGCAGUCAGAUUUGCUGUGAACUGGAAGAAUGCCAGAACCCUUGCCUAGAGCUGGAGCCCUUUGAAUGUGGCUGUGAUGAGAUUCUGGUGUACCAGCAGGAGAACCCUUUGGUGACCUGUGAUCAGGUGGUUCUUCUUGUCAAGGAAGUCAUCAACAGGAGGUGUCCAGAGAUGGCCUCCAACAGCCGAACGUCCUCAACAGAAGCUGUGGCAGGCAGCGCCCCACUGUCCCAGGGAUCUUCCGGGAUUAUGGAGUUGUAUGGUUCUGACAUAGAGCCACAACCCAGCUCCGUGAAUUUCAUAGAAAACCCUCCAGAUCUGAACGAUUCUAACCAGGCUCAGGUGGACGGGAACGUAGACCUCGUCAGCCCAGACAGUGGCUUGGCCACCAUUAGGAGCAGCCGUUCGUCCAAGGAGAGCUCGGUUUUCCUCAGUGAUGACAGCCCAGUGGGAGAAGGUGCGGGGCCUCACCACAGCCUCCUCCCAGGGUUUGACUCCUAUAGUCCCAUCCCUGAAGGAGCAAUAACAGAGGAGCUUGCCCAGUCCAGAGAACACAGUGAAUCCUUUGAUCUCUUCAACUUUGACCAAGCGCCCAUGGCUUCUGGGCAAUCCCAACCAUCUUCCCAUUCUGCAGACUACUCUCCCGCAGACGACUUCUUCCCCAAUAGUGAUUCAUCGGAAGGGCAACCCCCCACAGGGCCUAAAGAAAUCAGUGGGAUAGGGAUGGACAUGUCUAAUUAUUCAUCCAGUUCACUUUUGUCAGGGGCUGGCAAAGAUAACCUUAUGGAAUUUGAUGAGGAGUUUGGUCAGAGACAAGAAAGUCCCCAGGAUCACUCUGAAAGAAAUUUGAGCCUGACAGGUUUUGUGCGAGAUAAAUCUCCUUCACCAGAAAGGCUAAAAAAUAUUGGAAAGAGGGUCCCAUCAACACCUAUGAAUAGCUUUGUAGAAAGCUCGCCAUCUACCGAAGAACCAGCUCUACUCUAUCCGGAAAAUGUGACCCAAAAAGCAACAGACACAGGUCACAUCGGGCCACCACAGACCCGUGCGAGGUGCAGCAGCUGGUGGGGGGGGUUGGAAAUCGACUCUAAAAAUAUUGCAGAUGCAUGGAGUUCCAGUGAGCAGGAGUCUGUCUUCCAGAGCCCCGAGUCGUGGAAAGAUCAUAAGCCAAGCCCAGCGGACAGGAGAGCCUCAGAUUCUAUAUUUCAACCAAAGAGUCUCGAAUUCCCAAAGUCAAGUCCCUGGGAGUCUGAAUUCGGUCGGCCUGGGCUUGGCAGCAAUGAUAUUCAAGACCAGAAUGAGGACCCUUUGCAGUUUCAGAAUGUGCCCCCGGAGAAAUCGAAUUUGCCAAACGCUUCUCCCCAGGGAACAAAUCACCUGAUAGAAGACUUUGCCGCCUUGUGGCGUUCUGAUCGCUCUCCCACAGCGAUGCCGGAGCCGUGGGGAAAUCCCCCAGAAGAUGGUGACCCAGCUGCUGUGGUGUCAUUCCCAGCCUGGAGUGCCUUUGGUAAAGAAGAUGGUGCCAAAGCUCUGGCAAAUACCUGGAAUCUGCACCCAACCAGUGGUGAGACACCUUCUGUGAGGGACCCAAGCGAGUGGGCCAUGGCAAAAAGUGGGUUUUCUUUUCCUUCAGAAGACAAUUCACCCAGCGAGGCAAAUAAUGAAGAAAUCUGGGGCAAGAAGAACCCCGCCCCCAGGGAUGAUAUCCUUAUAUCUGGGAAUCCCAGCUCUGAUCUGGAUCACGCGUGGAAUAGUUCUAAGCCAACCCAGGAAAAUCAGAAUGGUUUAGUGGAUCCAAAAGUUAGGGGGAAGGUGUAUGAAAAGGUCGAUUCCUGGAACCUUUUUGAGGAGGGUAUCAAGAAAGGAGGGUCAGAUGUCCUGGCACCUUGGGAAGAUUCCUUCUUAUAUAAAUGUUCCAAUUACAGUGCAUCCAACAUGGGGGAAGAUUCAGUGCCUUCCCCCUUAGAUACCAACUACUCCACGUCUGACUCUUACACUUCGCCAACAUUUGCUGGAGAUGAAAAAGAAACAGAAAACAAACCAUUUGCUCAAGAGGGAGGCUUGGAGUCAAAAGAUGCUAACUCUGGCACAGGGGAGACUGAAAUGCCUCCUGGGUCCCCAGAGCAGCCACCCAGGAAUCGAAUUAGCUCAGGUCCCGGGAACCUAGAAAUGUGGGGUUCCCCUGAUGCAGAUAAUAGUUCUCAAAUAAAUGUCACUCCUAGCCCAGAUAAAGAUUUCCUCGAGACGGAGUCCCCCGAUGAUAAGAACAUCUCCCUGGAAGAUGACGUCGGGGAAAGCAGUCUGUCCAGUUACGACGACCCCAGCAUGAUGCGGCUGUACAAUGAAACUAACCGUCAGCUCACGCUUCUACACAGCAGCACCAACUCCCACCAGGAGGUCCCCGACAGCCUCGACUUGUGGAACAGGGUGAUUCUGGAGGACACGCAGUCCACUGCGACCAUCUCCGAUAUGGAUAACGAUUUGGACUGGGAUGACUGCAGUGCUGGUGUGGUGAUCUCCAGCGAAGGUCGGGCGCAAGGAUACAUGGCUGAAGGUCCCGAACCUGAGACCCGAUUUUCCGUGAGACAUCUGGAACCAUGGGGUGUGGAGUAUCAGGAAGCAAAUCAGGUAGACUGGGAACUCCCUGCCUCUCCGGAGCAGAGCAAGGACCCUCCUGCCAACGAAUAUCACAGCCUGAAUGAAGGAAGUGGGCAGCUAAUUGCGAAUGAUAUUUGGGAUUCCGUCAUGAGAGAUAAUGACAUGUCUUCAUUAAUGUUACCAAGCCCAUCCUACGUUACAGAUUCUGAACAACACAAAUCACCUCCUGAAACUCCCAACUCAUCAGAAAAAAGUAAGGAUGGUUCUAUCCCAGAGGUGCUAGAAGCUUCUGGAGCCAACGAGUCAGGAGCACUUGAUCCCGAGAAGCAGAACACGGGCAGAGGAACCCUGCCAAGUGAUGCAGCAUCCUGGGCAACCACCCUUGAGAAUCCAGGGCAUUUUGCACACUCAGAUCCAUGGGAAGGUCCUAGCUAUGGACAAAGCGAAGGUGAGGAGGAAGCCCAUGGAGCUGUUGCAAGGGAGCGCCUCAGUGAGGAGGAGAUGCUAGACAGAGCCUCGGGGAUUUCUGGAAAAGGGCCAAGUGGUGGGGAAUGCUCCUCCCCAGUGGCAUCUCAACAUCAAGAAAUCUGCGAUGAAUCGGGCCAAGUCAGCUCUCUUUCACUCACUUCUAGUCCUCAGACUGAGGAACCCCAGGAGGUUUUAGAGCAUGAGAGGGGGUCCUACAAUCCAGAUCCCUGUGAUGGGCACACAGAGGUGUCCACAAAUGACCCACAGGCCCAAGAGACCUGCGAAAAGCACCUCAUGUAUCACAGAAAUUCAGGUGAAACCACUGAAAUUUCAGGUGGGCUGAAUUUAACAAAAACUGUAUCUUUACCUGAAACGGAUCUUGAGAAAACUGAAAAAUGUAACGUUCUGGAGCCAGAGAGAGUGAACCAAGAGCCACCCCAUGAAUGUCCCCAAAGCCUGGACAUUUGGGAUGCCUCUGUAGACAGUGACGUGCAGGUCAAUUUACCAAAUUCUGAGAUAACUAAGAAUCUUGAAGUCGAGAGUACUGAAGACAACCUUCCAGGAGCUAUUCCAUCAGGAAACUAUCGCAGAGAUAGUAUUUCUAGUGAGUAUACACAUUCCAGUGCAUCGAGUCCUGGCCUAAACGAUUCUUCAGCUGCAUUGCCUUCCUGGGACCAGAGACCCAAUACAGGGCACCAGGAGCAGCAUCAAGAUGAUUGGAGCCAACAGAAUCACCAAGAAUCUGCACUAACUACUCCUGACAGCCAAGUAGAAGUAAUUGCUGAAAUGAAGGACCUGGAGAAAACCAGAAUGGACAGGUUGGAAAAGAGCUUAGAUCACAAGGUUCCUAAAUUUUUAGAGAUUUGGAGUGACUCCAUAGAUGGCGAUUCCUUUUCCUCUUUAUCCAGCCCUGAAACAGGCAAAUAUUCAGAAUAUUCCGAUGCCUAUCAAGAAGGAAAUCUAGUGGUUAGCCAGCAGGAGAAAAACGACCAUGACAUUUCUAAAACUGUGCAGCCAGAGGAUGCCAGGUUCUCUGCAACAAGCUCAGGUUCCAACGACGACAGCAUAGACGAUGAAGAGUCAGUGGAGAGAGAGGUCCAUCUGGGCACUUGCCAAGCUGCUCAGAGUGAACCCGGGGCUUGGGACGCACUGAAUGAACCUAGUAAGUUCUUGGCCACAGCUGAUCCCAAUGAUGAAUUUUCUGCCUAUGGAGGCGGUUCAGAACCAACAGAGAAUAAGUCAACCGCGUUCUGUGACAAUCAACAAAACAGUCCCGAUCACUGGACUCUCUCGCCACUAAAGGAGACUGAACUACAGAUCACAGCAGUGGAUAAGGAGAUGAGAUCUCCGGAAACAGCGAAUACAGGAGAUAACCCAUGGCAAAUCUCCCCCCAAAGUGAAUCGAAGAAUGAGAAUUAUUCUAAAUUGGAAAUGCUUGGCUUCUCAGCCGAGAGCACUGAGUGGUGGAAUGCCUCUCUACAAGGAGGACAACCAAAUGAGAGUGCAUUUGAAAGGGAAUUACCUAGCUCAAGUACUGUGUUAGAGAUGAGUUCUUCAGUGUACCAAAACGUAAGUCCUCGGGGAGCGCCCGUUCAGGGUGAUACCAAACCCAUGGAAACGCAAUGUACCAAUCCUUUCACCGAGGAACAUCAGUCCCCCUUCCUGGAUAGCAAUGAGAACUCCCAUGAGCAACUUUGGAACAUUCAACCAAGGCACCCAGACCCCGAAGCUGAUCAGCUUAGCCAGCUGGUAAUAUUGGACCAAAUUAAAGAAAAGGAUUCCAGAGAGCAAAGCUUCAUGUCUUCUGCUGGUCAAGAACUGACUUCAGAAACACCUACCCCAAAGCAGCAGUGUCAGAACACAAUGCUGUCCGUCUGGGAUCAGCCAGACCCAACAUAUACUCACACAGAUGAAAAUGGAUGUGUGAUAUCUAACGUCUCGACGGUUCAGUGCCAAGAAACAAAUUGGUGGGAAGAAGGAAAAUCAUAUCCCGGUGAAAUAACGAAUUCAACCAUUGCCUCAGAUUUCCCCGCUGUCAGUUCUCCCACCCAGUUGAUAAAGAAGUCAAGCUCUGAACGGGAUGUCUCUCCCCCUAGUGAGGGCCCCCAAGGCACAUUUGUUCCAGAUAUUUUACAUGGCAACUUCCAAGAGGGUGGGCAACUGGCCUCAGCUUCGCCUGACUUGUGGAUGGAUGCUAAGCAGCCCUUCAGUUUGAAAGCAGAUGGUGAGAAUCCAGAUAUACUGACUCACUGUGACCAUGACAGCAAUUCUCAGGCUUCCAAUAGCCCUGAUAUAUGUCAUGAUUAUGAAGUAAAGCAAGAGACUGAGCUGCACAUCAAGGCUGGAGUGGGACCUGAAGCGGAAGCUGGUGAGUUAUAUCUCACUGAGCCGAAGAUGGAUGAAGAACCCAAUCCAGAGCCUGGGCGGGAAUUUGUCCCAUACGAUUCAGAACUAUCUUCUGAAGAUGUGAUUCCACUGCCUCCCAUCAGUGAUCAAGCAAACACAAGGGGCUCAUCUCAGCCUGCCUCUCACAAAGGUUCCCCUGAACCUUCUGAAAUCAAUGGUGGAAAUAACACAGGUUUCAAAGCAUCCGAGAACGGAGUUUCCCCAGAUACAGCACCAAUUCUGCAGCUUGUGGACAGAACAAUCCCAAUGACUGAAAACAUGGGAACCGGUAUUUUUGUAACUCUCCAAGAGCCAACUAUGGACAGCAACAGCUCGCUGAUGUCAGAGGGCUUUUCCCUGGAAAGUCAGACAGAUGUAGGAGCCUUGCUGGACCACGAGCAGCCUUUUGCUAGUGAGAAUUCUGCCCCUGGUCAUGACGCCUUGCUAGCCUCAGACACUUGUCUGGAUGUAAGCGAAGCUGCUUUUGACCACAGUUUCAGUGAUGCCUCAGGUCUUAACACAUCCACGGGAACGAUAGAUGACAUGAGUAAAUUGACAUUAUCAGAGGGCAAUCCCGAAACACCAGUUGAUGGGGAUACAGGGAAGCAAGACAUCUGUUCAUCCGAAGCCUCGUGGGGUGAUUUUGAAUAUGAUGUCAUGGGCCAAAAUAUCGAUGAAGAUUUGAUGAAAGAGCCUGAACAUUUUCUCUAUGGUGGUGACCCUCCCUUGGAAGAAGAUGCUCUGAAGCGAUCUCUGGCACCUUACACACCCCCCUUUGACUUGUCCUAUCUCACAGAACCUACUCCUGGUGUCAAAACAACGGAGGAGGCUGGGUCUCCAGAGGAUGAGUCUCUGGGGAGCGAAGCAGCCGAGAUACUGCUUUCUGCCCUUCCUGAUCAAAGGAGCAAGGAAAAGCACGAAAGAACCCAAAAUAGCCAGCCCGGACAGCUGGUUGUGCUGCAUAUUCAUGAAGAUUCUGAGUCGGUCUCUUUGCCAGAGGGAGCCGACUCCAACCUUGAGCUGUCUCCAUCAAACAUUGACUGGGAAGUAGAAACAGAUAACUCAGAUUCACCAGCAGAUGGAGACGUAGGACCACCAAAUGGUACCACCGAGGGAAUAUCAGAAUUGGAAGAAGAAAAAGUAAUUCCUAUCAAAGAGCCUGAGCAGCUAACACCAGAAUACAGGGAAGUAGUGUACACGGAGAAGAAUGAAGAUCACCAUGCACUACACAUGGAUUACAUACUUGUAAACCAUGAAGAAAAUUCACCCCCAACUCCGGGGCCCAGUGAAGCCAGAGAAUACAUGUGUGAAUUAGGAGAGUUUCACACAGGUUCUGAAGGAACAGGGCUGCCAGGAACUCAGCUAGCAGGCUUCCCAGAUUCCUGUCAGCCUGCCUCCUUAAAUGAAAGAGAAGAUUCUCAUCCUGUAGAGAGAAUGUCUCCCAAAGGUGAUAAGAGAUCCUCUCUUGAGAGCCCUGGGCAAGACCAGAGCUGGAUGGUCUUGGGCCAUGGUGAGGUCGGUCAUCAGUCACUGGAAGCUAGGAACUCGGGGCCUGGAUGGUCUGGCAAGGUGGUAGAGCUGACCUCCGCUUGUGGCUUGGGCCAAGGUCCCCAAAUGCAGGUUCUAGGAGGAAUGAAGUCUGUGGAAUCUUUAGCACUAGAAGAGGCCCCUGGUCUGGGCAGCCAACCCCGGAAGAGCAAGAGCCAAGGCAGGGCUGGCCCAGAUGCAGUUCUGCAACAGGCUGUCGCCCAUGACAAUGAAUGGGAAAUGCUGCCACCCCAGCCUUCUCAGAAAAACAGGAUCCUUGAAACGGAAAUGGAGGAGGAGACAGAGUUUCUGGAGCCCAGAACAAGGAAACCGAGGCCAAACGGACUGCCGUCAGAGGAUGUAGGCAUGGACAUCCCCUUUGAGGAGGGAAUGCCGAGCCCCAGUGCUGCAGACAUGAGGCCUGAACCUCCUAAUUCUCUGGAUCUUAACGAUGCUCAUCCUCGGAGAAUCAAACUCACAGCCCCAAAUAUCAAUCUUUCUCUGGAUCAAAGUGAAGGGUCUAUUCUCUCUGAUGAUAACCUAGACAGUCCAGAUGAAAUCGAUAUCAACGUGGAUGAACUCGAUACCCCUGACGAAGCAGAUUCUUUUGAGUACACUGGGCAUGAGGGUUCCACAUCUAACAAAGAUUCUGGCCAAGAGUCAGAGUCUAUCCCAGAGUAUACAGCAGAAGAGGAGCGAGAAGACAAUCGGUUGUGGAGGACGGUGGUGAUUGGAGAACAGGAACAACGGAUUGACAUGAAGGUCAUCGAGCCCUACAGGAGAGUCAUUUCUCAUGGAG